CUGUGAAGCUGGGCCCUUCCUCCCCACUUCCCCAAGUCAGUGUCUUCGGUAUCCUUCUUCGCCUCGCCGGUCUUCUCUCUCUCUCCUUCCCUCUCCGUCUCUGUCUUUCAGCUCCGGGCAGAGGAGAGGAGCGGAAGACUUCAGAGGACCUUCCAUUCUGGCCGGCCUCCGUCGCUUCACGUGUCUCCCAUUCUUCGAUCUCCGAGCCACCGCUGAUUUCACGUCAAUUCCCAAUUUUGAUUCUCCUCGUGAUUAGACUCCGCUCGGAAUUCUCGGAGCAUUGUGUUUGGUUGGUUGGUAGUGUUGUUCGUUGAUCCCCCUUCGGAUCCCGGGAGCAGACCCCUGCAACCGCGGCAGGCAGCUCGGCAGUAACUUUGAGCUGCUCCGAGCUUCCGUACAACUUUCCUGGUGCGCGCGGAGAUGUCGGAGCUGGCAGUUGGAUGUUUGGAGCUCCAGCUUGAUAUAUAGGGACUGAAGAUGCUCGAAGGAUUGUCGGGUGAAGAGGGCUGAGGGAUUCCGUCAAUGAAGCGGAAAGUGAAUCAGCAGAAGAACCAGCACAGAUGGAAGAGGAAAGUGUUCGCAGGGGUGCUGAUGGGGCUUUGUUUCGUCAGCUUGAUGCUUAUGCAGACUCAGUACAGUCGAAUCAUCAGGUUGGCAUCCCUGCGCCGUCUGUCCGCUACAAAGCCGAAGAUCGCGUUCCUGUUCAUUGCCCGCAAUCGCCUCCCAUUGGACAUGGUCUGGGAUGCAUUCUUCCAGGGGGAGGAGGAUAGUUUUUCUGUAUUUGUUCACUCUAGGCCUGGUUUUCUCCUCAACAAGGCAACGACAAGAUCUCCGUAUUUUUACAAUCGGCAAAUUAACGAUAGCAUACAGGUUGAUUGGGGAGGAGCAACCAUGAUAGAAGCAGAGCGUAUACUUCUUACAUAUGCACUCCAGGAUCCUCUUAAUAAACGCUUUGUUUUUCUUUCAGACAGUUGCAUACCGCUGUAUAACUUCAGCUAUACAUAUGACUACAUAAUGUCAACAUCAACUAGUUUUGUCGACAGCUUUGCAGACACAAAGGAAGGUCGCUAUAAUCCUAAAAUGGAUCCUGUCAUCCCAGUCUCUAAUUGGAGGAAAGGAUCUCAGUGGGUUGUUCUGACAAGAAAACAUGCUGAGGUCAUCGUGAACGAUAAUACUGUCUUUCCCAUGUUUCAAUUGCAUUGUAGGAGGAAAUCGCUGCCAGAGUUUUGGAGGGAGCAUGGUAGGCCAAUCGAUAACUCAAAGGAGCACAACUGUAUACCAGAUGAACACUAUGUCCCGACCUUACUUGCUCAGGAAGGCCUUGAAGAAGAAAUCACACGAAGAUCGCUAACACAUUCGUCAUGGGAUCUUUCAUCCUCCAAAGAUCGAGAGCGGCGAGGAUGGCAUCCUGUCACUUACAAAUAUUCUGAUGCUACUCACUCGCUUGUACAAUCUAUAAAGGAUAUCAACAAUAUCUAUUAUGAGACUGAGCACCGGAGAGAAUGGUGCAGCAGCAAAGGCAAGCCAUCAGGAUGCUUUCUCUUCGCCAGAAAAUUUACUCGGCCUGCUGCUAUCAGGCUUCUCAAUUCGUCUGCACUGGGAGCUUCGAGAGGGGAUCGAUAAAUCUUCCGGGCACUGACGAAGUAAAUAGUAGUUGAACCUUAGUAUUAGCGUAGGGUCAUCAGAAGAGGAAACCUCCAUGGAGGAGGGCUGUUUGAUCAUCUGCUCUAUAGAAUAAAGGGAUGUGUUAUCUACAUUUUACAUAUAUAUAUAUAUAUAUAUAUAUAUAGGCAAAAAUUACAAGGAUUUUCGGGUGUAAAUUUGUUUUAUUUUUUUUUCCGAUUAAAUGCAAUAAAGAUGAAGAGCAUUUAUGUCAGACUAUGCAGAGGGUGCUCAAAUUAUUAGUGACAAUAUACAUAGCCUCCUGUCGCAUUUCCUGUGCUUAGGGUUGGAAGUAAUGUUACAGUCUCUGAAAUUAAAGUAAUGCCAAUAGAGGCAGAGCACGAAAGGAAAACGAUGAGAGGACCUUGAUAUGAGUAUGUAUCUUUACAACCUAUUCUAUUGAGGGUCGACUUUGCAACUAUAUAUGAGUUAUCACAUUGUAUUCUUUCCAUUA